CAGCUUCUUGUUCUCUCUUGCUGCCCCAUUACCACUCCCCCUCCGACUACAGCACUCUCCACUCUCUCUACAACCCUACCCCUUCUGCUCUGUUAUUAGACCAUGGUUGCCCUCCCAGUUGUUGCUGCCGCUGUUCCUGCGGCCAUGUAUGUAAGCUCCAAGCUGUCGAUCCCUCGGGAUGCAAGGCUCAUCGGGAGUCUUGUCAGUUCAAAGCUGGCAUACAAGGCCAUCGAGAAGAACGACACUGUCAACUUGACAUAUCGCUUUGAUGAGUGCUACCGCAAGAACCCUGACCGCGAGGCGCUGGUCUUUGAGGGCAAGUCGUACACUUACCGCGAUAUCCACCUUGCAUCGAACAGGGUCGGAAACUGGCUACUCUCCAAGGGCGUGAAGCGCGGAGACAUCGUCUCGCUCUUCAUGCUUAACAGCCCCGCAUUCAUCUUCUGGUGGUUGGGCAUCAACAAGAUCGGCGCAACUGGUGCCUUCAUCAACACCAACCUCACCGGAAAGCCCCUGACACACUCCCUCCGCACCGCGACGUCCCCCAUCCUCAUCAUGGACACGGAGCUGACAACCUCAAUCGCGAACUCUUUGGACGAGAUCCGCGACAUGGGCUAUGUCAUCUAUUCUUACGGCGAGUCUAGGCAUGCCGACUUUGCCAUGCCCGUUGAUCUGUCCCAAUACCCCGACGCUGAUACCCCAGAGCACCUCCGACGCGGUACAACCGCGAAUGAUAUCGCAAUGUUGAUCUACACCUCUGGAACAACCGGUUUGCCCAAAGCUGGACGCUUCUCUCACACUCGUGCCAACACGGGGUCACUCUUUUGGGCCAGAUUUUACAACUUCACUGAGAAAGAUCGCAUUUACGUCUCCUUGCCUCUGUACCAUAGUGCCGCUGCGGCCCUUGGCAUGUGUCUUUCUUGGAACUGCGGAGCAACGGUCGUCCUUGCCCGCAAGUUCUCAGCAACUAAUUUCUGGGACGACUGCCGCGCCAACAAUGUUACAGUGAUCCAGUACAUUGGCGAGAUUUGUAGAUACCUGCUGAAUGUACCCGAAUCACCGUUGGACAAGGUGCACUCUAUUCGAUUGGCCCACGGCAACGGAAUGAGACCCGAUGUGUGGACUCGAUUCAGGGAUCGCUUUGGAAUCCCAUUGAUCGGAGAGUGGUAUGCCUCAACCGAGGGCACUGGAGCCCUGACCAACUACAACACUGGUCCCAACGGUACAGGCGCCAUUGGUUACCGAGGUACUGUGGCCAGGUUGAUGGAUAAGGGACUGAAGAUUGCUCAGUUUGAUAUCCAGACCGAGGAGCUGAUUCGAGACAAGAAUGGACGUUGCAUUGAGUGUCGCCCCGGAGAGCCAGGAGAGCUGUUGACGCUUGUCGAGACAACAGAUCCCAAUCGUGACUUUAAGGGAUACCAUCAAAACGCGAGCGCAACGAGCAAAAAGAUUGCAAAGGAUGUCUUUAAAGUUGGGGACACGUACUUCCGCACCGGCGACAUCCUUCGCCGCGACUCUGAUGGAUACUUUUACUUUGGCGAUCGGGUCGGAGACACGUUCCGGUGGAAAUCCGAGAACGUAUCGACGGCAGAGGUCUCGGAGGUGCUUUCGCUCUACCCUGACUGUAUUGAGGUCAAUAUCUAUGGAGUGGAGGUGCCGGGCCAUGAUGGCCGUGCAGGCAUGGCAGCGAUUGUGGCCAAGGACUCGAUGCAGUGGGACAAGUUUGCAGAAUAUGCGCUCAAGAACCUGCCACGGUACUCUGUCCCGAUCUUUAUCCGCAAGGUGCCGGAGAUGGAGAUGACAGGCACGUUCAAGCAGCGCAAGGUCGAGCUGGUGAAGGAGGGAUUGGAUCCUGUGGCGAUCAAGGAUGAGAUGUUGUGGUUGGAUGGUCAUGUGUACAAGCCUUUCAAGACAGAGGAGCACCAGAGGGUGAUUGGCGGCAAGGCAAAGCUGUAGAUCUCGAGGGUAGAAAGCGUAAUAAUAUAUUGAAUUGUAAGAAAAAAAAGACGCGUCUAGUCGAGAUGUUGUAGUGGUAUCAGUUGCGCAUACAAUCUGUGGCAGAGGAGGG